CUCAAACCCACUAGCAGGAUGAUUGUGAUUCACCACCUCGGCAUCUCCCAAGCGGAGCGCAUCAUCUGGCUCUGCGAAGAGCUCUCCAUGCCAUAUGAGAUCGUAAACCACACCCGAGACCCAGUCACAUCUCCACAAAGUCUCAAGAGCGUGCCAGGCAAUGGACUCGGAAAGUCGCCCUUCGUCCACGACACCGAGACCGGCGUCAACUUGUCCGAAUCUCUGGCUAUCAGCGACUACAUCAUCUACAAGUACGCCGGCGGAAAACUGGCACUCAAAGCCAAUGACCCGCAUUUCGCCGAUUACCUUUACUGGUACCACUUCUCCAACUCGACCAUGCAAGCAAACUUCGUCACCUCCAUGUUCGUCAAUAACAGCGGCCUCGCACCCGACCACCCGAUGCAGCACUUCGCCGAUCAAAGACUGGAAGCGGGACAAAGAGAACAAAUGGCUUGCGGGUGAAGAUUUCACGGCAGCAGACGUCAUGAGCGUGUUCUCCGUGACGACGCAGCGGUACUUUGGACCGCAGGUCAGCUUAGCUCCGUAUCAGGGCAUUCUGCGGUGGUUAAAGGAUUGCUCGGAACGGCCGGCGUAUCAGCAAGCGAUGCAGAAGGGAGAUCCAAAGAUGAAGCUAUUGUUGGGGGCGGAGCCACCUGCGCAGUCGUUGUUGGCG